CUGAAGAAAAAAAACAACAUGGAACACCGUGCUUCCUCCCGCUGCCGGCAACGCCACCACCCCCCUCCGGCCACCCAAUCUCCCUCGCCGGCCGGCCGCCUCGUCCGCAGCAAGAGCGGUGCCGAAAUCAACAACAGCGAGUCCCAGCAGCGGCUCAACGCCGCAACCCGAUCGAGAUCCACCACCAGAUCCCGAGACCCGAAAUUCGAGACCAGCCUGAACACCUCCACGUCAUCGCUGCCGUCCACCUGCCGGAGGAAGCACGGCCGCGGCGGAGAUGUGAGUCCCGCCGGUGGGGGGAGUCGAGAUGGGCUCGUCAGGUUCGUCCAGCGCGGGGACGGCCCACGUAACUACAUCACUAGCUCAACCAGGCCCAAUACUAAGCUGGGCCGGAUAUCUCCUUCUGCAUGGGCUUUAUCCCCGGGAAGGCCCAAUAACUUCCGAGCGCCGCCGCCACCGCCGCCGCCGGAAUCGCCGGGAGUGAAAAAGAGACGCGGCAGUGGGGGCGUGGGGAUGGUGAGCGGGGUUUUGAAUUACUUCCGGCAGAAGAAGGUCUCGUCCGCGAAAGACGAGGAUCGCCACGGGUUUAGGGUUCUGAACAGCAGGCUGGUUCAGUGGAGAUACGCCAACGCUCGAGCCGAGGCUGUGAUGGCGGCGCGGAGCCGAGCCGCGAGCGGGAAAAUCUUCCACGUGUGGCUGAAGGUGGCGGAGAAGCGGAAGGGCGUAUUGGAGAAACGGCUCGAGAUUCAGAGGCUGAAGCACGGGCUGAAGCUGGGCCGGGUGCUGGGCCCGCAGCUGGGCCUGCUGAGCGAGUGGGGGAAAAUGGAGGGCAAAAACGUCGAGGCGGUGAGCCGGGUGGCCCGGAAGCUCUCCGCCUUGUCUCUCAAGCUUCCUUUGCAUGACGACGUCAAGGGCGACGUGGAGUCGGUAGGGGAAGCUUUAAGUAUGGCAAUGGGAGUGAUGGAUGGUAUACAAGAGCUGCUAAGCAAAUUCUUCUCACAGCUGGAGAGAAAUCUGUACUUGUUAACGGAGCUAACAAGCAGCGUAGAGAACCAAAACGAGAGAUUACAAGAGAUGGACAAAAUCGUAUCCAUGCUUGCUCACUUACUGGAGUGGGAGAAGAACGUGCGAGUAGAAGUGUUGCGCAUGGUGGAUAAGUCCUGGUGGGAUGGAACAAAGAGCUGUGCCCUUAUGAUGGUGGACAGUAAAGGUCCAGGCCCAAUCCCAAGCCCAAGAAUCUGAGUGGGUCGAUAUAUAGUCCAUCAAACCAGAAAACUUCAUCCCAAGCAGCCAAGCUCUGCACAUUUUUCUGCAGAAAAACAAGAGUGAAAUGGGACGUAAUUAAGCUCGAAGAAAUUAUAUUCAUGCAGUUGGCUUGCAUGUGGGGAAGAGAGUGAACGGAGUUGGGCCCCAAAGAUAGGGGUGGCUAUACGGUCGGGUUAAAUUGGACCAAAUUAAUCCGGUUCCAGUCCAGUUUUUUCGGGAAUAUAAGGACCAAAGAUUG